UGCUUAGCUCUUUGCAUCUACUAACACCAUGGCGACUUCCAAAUUUACCUUUUUCAUCAUCCUUUUUCUUUUAGGCCUUACUGAGAAAUCCUCGACCGCAUCGCGUAUAAACUCUCGCAAGAGUUGCAAUUUUCCGGCUGUUUAUAACUUUGGAGAUUCAAAUUCAGAUACUGGAGCUAUCUCUGCGGCUAUAGGAGAAGUUCCUCCACCAAACGGAGUUGCCUUCUUUGGAAGAUCUGCGGGGAGACAUUCUGAUGGCCGUCUCAUUAUAGACUUCAUUACCGAGAAUCUGACGUUGCCGUAUCUAACACCGUACUUGGAUUCGGUUGGAGCUAAUUAUCGGCAUGGGGCUAAUUUUGCGACUGGCGGCUCUUGCAUCCGCCCCACCGUUGCUUGUUUUAGUCAGUUCCAUAUUGGAACUCAAGUGUCUCAGUUCAUUCACUUCAAGACUCGUACAUUGUCUCUUUACAACCAAACCAACGGAAAAACUCCAUUCUGCAAAGGAGUCCUUGCACGGCCUAAAGAUUUCUCAAAGGCUCUUUAUACUUUCGAUAUCGGUCAGAAUGAUCUCGCCAUCGGGUUCCAAAACAUGACAGAGGAACAACUCAAAGCAACUAUACCGGCAAUCAUCGAAAGCUUCACUACUGCUAUAAAA